UAGAUCGCCCCGUACUCCGUACGCGUUCUACAUUUGUAUAGAUGCUUGUGUAUAACGCGUGCAGGUGUUAAAUGGAACGCGUAAUUUGAAUUUCAACGAGGCAUGCGUUAUCCAUGAUCGCACGAUGCUUCUAAUUUACAAGAAAAUUAGAAGCAAUUUCUUUACAAUUUGAUCCUUGUGCAAAUGCAAAGCGUCGAAUGUUGUUGAGCGAUCAUAGAUAAUUGUAACGAUCCAGACUUGAAUUGCGGGCGCCAUGAAUCUUGUAAAUAGAAAAAUUUGAAGGUGUUACGAAUCGUUAAAAAUCGAGUAAUCCCCUUCCCCCUCCCCUUUCCCCCGCCCUGUAGGGAGAUCCAAUCGCUUGUGAUCGUUGUUACAUGCCCGUGUCCGAGUAGUUCAUCAGGAUACUGUAACUUCUGUAAAUAUCGAAUAAAUCUAUUGAAACAAUCUCAACGAAGAGAAUAUUCUUAAACAGCGUCAUUACCAAGUUUAUCUUCCUAUGUCAUCAUCGGGUGAAAUGCUGCAAGAAUUAUCGCUAGAAAAAUGUUCGAGAAUUUUCAUCAUAUCUAAACCGUACAGAAUUGCGAAUUAAUAUAAGCGAUUAUGCGAGUGUGGCUCAAUGGCAUAGAGAAGAAUAAUACUUGAAUGUGUGUUCGUCGAUACAUUUUCAAUCAACUUUCCAUGUUGAUCCUUUUCGCAGAUGUAUUAGCGGUUAGUGACGUAAGCCCAAGACCAUGGACUGAGGUCGAAUGCGUAUUUCGGGCUGUGACACAUAGUAGAUAUGUUUAUGUCGACCCCUCUCUUUUCCGUCGACUCCCAACUCGCCCGUCCUUUUUCCACUACGAGCAAAUGUAUCAUUGGUGAACAUCAGGCCGAGCCGGCUCCCGGUAAACCUGCCUAACCGCUGUCAGUCAUACAAUUACGAAAGAAUCGAAAAGUCUAUCCAGCCUCUUGAAUCGUUACACCUGCCGAUUGAAAACAAUAUCGGUGAUUUAACCAAAUCAAUAUUACAUUAUCGUAGCAAACGGAAACUUGCGUUGCAAAUUGCAAUGGGGAGAAGCAAAUCAACGGAACCGGAAGAAUCCGUGAUGGGUUUCAAGGAUAAGCAAAAGGCCUUGGACACGCUGAAAGCUCUGGACGGUCGAGAUAUAAGUUAUCAGUACCACGUGAUUGCUAGUUUCGUGAGCCGCGCGAAAAGAACGUUGCAGAUUACAAGGGACGAGGAAAAACUGGCCAAUAUACGAGAAGCUUUGAAAGUAUUCGAGGAUUGGCUCGCUAACUACAAAGAGAACAAUCGUAGUAAAGAAAACCUCGCUUACUUGCCAAUCGAGACUAUAAAAGGCUUCAAGAGCCUUGCCAAAAAGUACGAUGUUCUGGAGGAAGAAUUCUAUAAUGCGUACAAAAAAGAGAAAGGUGACUACAAGGGUUUACGAUCGGUUAAAAUUCCGAGCGGAGAGACCACUUGGGACAUCGAGAGAAAUCGAAACUUGAAGAAAAUUAUCGAUAAGAUCAAACAAGACCACGUACAAUGGUUCGAAACCGACGUUGGCGAUUUUCGGGGGCUUCCAACUAAAGAACAUGUACAGUGCAUCAUGUUGGGCUACAGUCCAGAACCGAGCAAAUUGAAGAAACUCGUAGCUCAGGUGGAGGAAAAGUUUGGAUCUGAGAAUAACGAAGACAUGGAGAUCGACGAGGAUGUCAAGAGCAAGGCUAAGAAGAGGAAGCACGAUAGCUCGUCCAGCGAUGACGAUAAAAACGAGGAACCGGAGAAAAAAUCGAGACGAUCGACCGACGAGGAAAAGACUGAAAAAGAGGAGAGCGGACUCGGUUUUAAAGAUAAAGAGAAGGCUUUGCAGACUAUCAAGUUACUGGAAGGUAGGGAUCUAAAUUAUCAAUAUCACGCGAUCUCUGGCCUUGUGAAAAGAGCCGAGCGAGUGAUAUCGUGCACAAAGGACGAGCAAAAACUCAAGAACAUAAAAGAAGCUAUAGAAGUGUUCGACAAUUGGAUUACGGAUUUCAAAGUAAAUGGCCGGGCAAAGAUGAACUUUGAUUAUUUAUCCAUUGAUUUGGUACGAUCCUACAAGCCGUUGGCGGACAAGUACAAAAUCGAAGAUAAUGGAUUUCUUAAAGCGUACGAAGAAGUGGAUGGAGAUUAUAAGAAAUUGAGAAACGUUCAAGUUCCAGAUUCGAGUAUUACCUGGGAUAUAGAGAGGAAUAAGAAUCUUCAAAAUGUUGUAGAUCGUGUCAAAGAACAAAAGAAAUGGUUCGAGACGGAUGGUGAGCUUGAAGGUUUACCCACCGAAGGACAUAUUCGAUGUAUAAUGUGGGCUUACAGUCACGAUGCAGGUAAAUUGAAAAAACUUUUGCCUACGUUGGCUGAAAAGUUAAAAUCGUAAAUCGUUAUUAUAAAUAUUAUAUUAAUAUAAAUAUAUUUGUGAAAUUUAUACUAUUCUUAAAUUACCUCAUAUGUACAAAAAAUUUAGCUGUAUUUUUCUUGAAAAAUAUUGGUAAUAAACAUAAUUUAUUUUUGAUA